UAGGUGAGAAGAAACUGAGAAAGUCCCAUUUAGUUCGGUCCGAAUUCUAAACUCCCACUUUUGUCUCUCUCAAUUUGUUUUCUUUCUCUCUCCUUAAAAAAAUUUCGUUGGCGAUUUUUCUGGGUUUCUUGUAAAUGUGAGAAGUAGAUAGAUUCUCAAGAAAAAAAGGGUUUUUUUUUUUUUUUUUUUUGUUGAUUCGUGGUUCAGCCAUCUUCUCGAAAGAUUUGGGAAAGAUCCAAGGAAUCACAAGAUUUUUUCCGAUUUUUAGUUGAAAGGAAUAUAACAUGUCAGGUCCACUUGAUCGAUUUGCAAGACCAUCUUUCACUACAGGUUUUGAAGGAUUCUUGAGCAGUGAUGAGAAAAAGGAAAGAAAAUCAGAUUUUGAGAAUUCUGAGGAUGAGAGGAGAACAAGAAUCGGUUCAUUGAAAAAGAAAGCCAUCAAUGCAUCCACUAAGUUCAAGCAUUCUCUUAAGAAAAAGAGCGGAAGAAGAAAAAGUGACGGUCGAGUGAGUUCUGUCUCCAUUGAGGAUGUGCGGGAUGUCGAGGAGCUACAGGCUGUUGACGCGUUUCGACAAUCGUUGUUAAUGGACGAGUUGCUUCCGGAGAGACACGAUGACUAUCACAUGAUGUUGAGGUUCUUGAAAGCGAGGAAAUUUGAUAUUGAGAAAGCUAAGCAAAUGUGGGCUGAUAUGAUUCAAUGGAGGAAGGACUUUGGUACUGACACUAUUAUUCAGGAUUUUGAUUUCGAAGAGAUUAAUGAAGUUUUGAAACAUUACCCGCAAUGUUAUCACGGUGUUGACAAAGAAGGCAGACCUAUUUACAUUGAAAGGCUAGGGAAAGUUGAUCCUAACAGACUCAUGCAAGUUACAAGCAUGGAUCGAUACGUAAGAUAUCAUGUAAAGGAGUUCGAAAGGAGCUUUAUGAUCAAGUUUCCUUCCUGCACAAUUGCUGCAAAGAGGCAUAUCGAUUCGAGUACAACUAUUCUUGAUGUUCAGGGAGUGGGAUUGAAAAACUUUACCAAGUCUGCUCGAGAUCUUAUCACGCGAUUACAAAAGAUUGAUGGAGACAAUUAUCCUGAGACUCUCCACCAAAUGUUUAUUAUCAAUGCAGGGCCUGGAUUUAGGCUACUCUGGAACACUGUGAAGAGCUUUUUAGACCCAAAAACAUCUGCUAAGAUUCAUGUCCUCGGAUACAAGUAUCUGAGCAAAUUGCUUGAAGUCAUUGAUGUCAACGAGUUGCCUGAGUUCUUGGGAGGUGCAUGUACUUGCUCAGAUCAAGGUGGUUGCAUGCUUUCUGACAAGGGACCUUGGAAAAACCCGGAAAUUGUGAAGAUGGUGCUUCAUGGAGGAGCACAUCGAGCGAGACAGGUGGUGAAAGUGUUGAACAGUGAAGGGAAAGUCAUUGCUUAUGCAAAACCUUCAUAUCCAUGGAUAAAGGGAAGUGACACUUCCACUGCAGAGUCAGGAUCUGACGCUGAAGAUAUCGGUUCUCCAAAGGCUAUAAAGAGUUUCUCUCAUCUCCGCUUGACACCUGUUCGUGAGGAGGCAAAGAUAGCUGGUGAAACAAGCUUGGCUGGUAGUUAUCCGGGUUAUGAUGAGUAUGUUCCAAUGGUUGACAAAGCCGUCGAUGCAACCUGGAAGGUGAAACCCGCCAUCCAGAGAGUGGCCUCAAGAGGAGCUUUAAUGUCUCCCACCAUUCCAAAGGAUCCUGAAGGCAUCAAGGCUCGAGUCCUAGUAAUGUUCAUGGCAUUCUUGAUGGCGGUUUUCACAUUCUUUCGCACAGUAUCUUACCGUGUGACCAAGAAACUUCCAGCGACUACUACUUCCCCACUAGUAACCCAAGGAAACGCAACAGAACUUGGUUCUAAUGGUGAAGGAGUUAAAGAGGAGUGUCGUCCUCCUUCUCCAGUACCAGACCUCACGGAAACCGAUCUCCUAAAUUGUGUGACGAAAAAACUGACAGAGCUUGAAGGUAAAAUCGGAACUCUCCAAUCAAAGCCGAAUGAGAUGCCAUACGAGAAAGAAGAACUGUUAAACGCAGCGGUUUGCAGAGUAGACGCACUUGAAGCAGAGCUCAUAGCUACUAAAAAAGCGCUUUACGAAGCCUUGAUGAGACAAGAAGAGUUACUUGCGUACAUUGAUCGUCAAGAAGAAGCUCAAUUCCAAAAGAUGAAGAAGAAGAAAAACAAGAAACAUCUCUUUUGCUUUUAAAGCAAAAAACCAUCACCAGGCAUCAAAAUCUCUCUCCCCUCUCCUACACAACACAGUUCUUAAUUAGUUUGCUGUUCUUUAAGUAUAAACAACAAACAAAACAAAAACUCUUUCAUUUGACUUGAUGUUAAAGCUAAUACAGAGAGCUCUGUUUCCUUCUUUGA